GUCACUGUCACACCUCAGCUAGACUAACCAAAAUUGACACUAUCGCUACCAACCAAAACAUUCUUGACUCUCAGUCUCAGACCUCAGUCAGUCUUAGUCCGUCCGUUAGUGAGUGUUGUGUUGUAUCAUACAGCAUUUGUCUUGCUAGCAAUGAGUCAAUGGUUAUUUGUAUUCGCCGUUUGAAUUGCUUAGUGAACGAAGAUUUGCCUUCGCGAUCUCAACGACAGUGGAUGUGCAAUUCUGUGUUUGAUUGGUUAUUUUCUUUGGAAAUAGGCCUAGCCCAACAAAUAGCCAGUUUCUCCAUGUUUUGAUAGUGUUUAGACAAUUUGAUAAAUUUGCACCAUUUGUGGCUUGUUUGGUUUAAACUGUUGUGAUUCGUAUGAAAUAUAGUAGCAUUAAUAAAAUGUGUUUUUGACAUUAAAGUGCUUAAAAAAACUACCCAUAGGCCUAUUUAUAAUUUUUAGGUUGUUCUUAUCAGUUAAUUCAGUCAUGAUACCGUUGUGUUCGGUUAUUUAAAAAUUACUAAAACUAAAUUUUUAUAUGAAUCAAGGAUUUUGGAAUAGGCAUGAUAGCAGUUGGAAUUUCAAACUUAGGUCUGCAAUCACUUUUGUAUACCAUUUCUGAGGUUGAGAAUGACCACCACAAGAUUUCACAAGGCUGCCCAAGACGGUCUACUGGACAUCCUGAGAGAGACGACAAGGAGAGACUGUAACCUGAAGGACGAGGAUGGGAUGACUCCUACACUCUGGGCUGCCUUCCAUGGACAUCUGGAAGCCCUUAGGUUGCUGGUGGGAAGAGGAGGAGACCCGGAAAAGGCCAACUACCACUAUGGCCAGACAGCUCUACAUUUGGCAGCAGCCAAAGGUCACCUGUCCUGUGUCACAUUUCUGGUGCAGUUUGAGGUGAGCUUAUGGGCCCUGGACCGGGACCUGCGCACAGCCCUCCAGGUGGCAGCAGACAGUGGACGGAGGGAUGUGGUGGAUUACCUGGACAAGGCUAUGGCCCGGCAGGAAUUGGCCAACAGAAAAGAAGUAAAAGCCAAGAAGGAGAAGGCAUUGAAAGACGCAGAGAGAAGGAGAAAGAAGUACAAUGAGAGGAUGAGGAAAGAACAAGACAAGGAGGAGAAGAGACUGAAGAAGGUGGAGAAAGAGAUACUAGGAGGGCAGAAGGUAGAGACAGAUACACCGAUACCCACAGCCACGGUUCGCAAGCCUAUAAGCGUGGAGACAGGAGUGCCAACUUUCACACAGAUUGUGGGUGGAACUAUCAACAAGAAACCAGCCAACGCUGGGGGUGUCAAGAAGAUUCUGGAUAGGAAACUGAAAAACGGUUCCCACAACCACCCAAUACAUGUCGAACAAAAGAGUGAUAGUGAUUCAGGGAGAUCUGUAAGAGCCAGAGCUGACUCCCAGAUCAUCUUUGUCAACUCUUAUGAUGCACAGAAUGGAGGCAAGCGGGGGCGUAUCUCUGACGUGUUUGACACAAGAGGAGAGUUGGUGCGUUCUCUUUCACAACCUGAGUACCUAAAUACUGCAGCAGUACAGGACCAGAGCAGCAUCUUCGACCGUCCCGGCUUUGGCAGUGUGGCCUUCCGCCCCAGAAACCACCUGGCAGGAACUAUGAGUGGGGGAGGGGGAGGUGACAAGGAGGGAGUGGGGGAAGGCAGCAGUAUCGGAAGUGCAGGAAGUCUGGCCACACGCAACCAUGGAGAGCUCAGCUGGGAGAGUGAUGAGGAGAAUGUAGGACCCUGGGCCAGUUUGCAGAGGUUUCUGGUGGCGGCAGGUGUGGCGGACUAUACCUCACAACUGGUGGGACAGAGGGUGGACCUAGAGGCAGUCAUGAUGUUGUCGGACCAAGAUCUGGUGACACUGGGACUGCCACUAGGACCUCGUCGGAAACUCCUCAAUGCUAUACAGGAGCGACGCAGAGCUCUGACAUCUCCAGGAGAGAUUCAGGACAGCUGGUUGUAGCAGACAGACAGGCCAGGUUCCAGAACUGAACACUAUACGUUGAUCCGUCCAUUUUGUGAUUGUGUGUUGCAUUUUGUUUAUCCAAAGAAUUGAUUUCUUAUUUUCCUAGUCCAAGGACUUUUGUGCAUUUUGUUAUUAUUUAGAUUAUAGUUAUCAGAAUAUAUUUUUAAAUACUUGUAACAUAUCAUUUAGGUAACAUUGAAGGACCUUAUCACCACACUUUGUCAUGUAAUUCUUUUCUAUUUUUGCUCUAAAAGCUAAGCACUUAUUUAUCAAUUUUUUACUGCUUAUUUUUGUUGAUUUUAUUUUUUAGUUGUAUAUUAUAAUUUUAUAAGUAUGUAUAUUUUAAAUGAAGUGUGCUGUAAUCAACAUGAAAGAAAAUAAAUUGUAUUAGUGAAAAUAUUUUCUAUCUGAGUGAAAAUUAGUAACAAAUAUAUCACGGUUACAGAAACUUUUUCAUUUUUGUAGUAGUAUUUAUAUAAACUAUAAAUUGUAAUGACAAUUGCUAUUCAACCUGAAAUUUUUGUCACUAACCCUUUGGAGACCUUCAGAUCUGACUUUCAUUUGCACUAUAUGUCUAAUAGACGAACAUCUGAUCCGUAAUUUAAAUAAAAAUAAAAUAUUAUUUUUUAAUAAGGUUAGCUUCUUUGUGUUAUUUAUUUAUUAACUAUUAUACCGAAAUAUAACAGGUAGGUUGCAUGCUAAAGUCUAUAGUUCAUUUCAACAGACUACAUUUGUUACUAAGCUACAUGUGAAAUUGGCAUAUAAUUGUACUCAAUUUGUUUUAUUAAUUUAUUUAUUCUAUGAUUUUCUUGGUGUCAUUGUGGUUACCCAUAAGAUCAAUAUAAAAAUGUUUGUUAAAGUUCAGCCAAAUUCCAUGGAGUGACAUGCACCAGCAUAUAACUCAAUGUUGCUUGAAAAACAAAUAUGGCUUCAUUCAAUAUUUCAUGUCUAUAGGUUAUUUUGUUCUUGAGAUAUCAUCCAGACAGAAAGACAGAAGUAAAAUGUUUUCCAGCCUCUUGAAUGAUAUGUUUUCAUAACAUUUACCCAACAUCUUCAAACAAUAUACAGCCCAGUUUUGCUGACUGUGCGUAUCUUGUUCUGUCCCAGUAAUGUAAUUAUCUGAUGAUAACAGUUGGUUUUGUCUUAUUACAUUUUUUUGUGCCAUUAUAUUCAAGUAUGUAAACAUUUGUGUUUUACUUUACAAUGAGUAAGUGAAAUUUGAGUGAUCUACUACUCGUCGGUAACUUUUUUCUACUUAAGUCUAAAUAUUAUGUAAGCAAACAAUUAAAGAACACAAUCUUUGUGUGGAAAUAAAAUUUUAAAGCAUAAUAAUAAAUAAAAAUAAUUGAAGAAUAUUAAUUUUAUAUAGCCGAGGAGCUGGUAGUGUUUAAAUUUUUCCAGUCUCUCGAGUAAGGCAAUUUACAAAAAAUGUAGUUUUACUUUGUAGUUAGUUAAAAAAAAUUAUAAACUCUGUCCAAAUUCAGUUACUGGACUGAAAAUUUAGAGAUAAUAUAACCAAAUAGUAGUAGAUAAAGAAAACCCCAGAUGGAGUCAAUUUACAAAACUUGAUUAUUAUACAUUUUAAUUUUAUUUCCUACAUUAAAAUCCAAUUUUUCAAAGUUUAUAACAUUUUGUGUCAAAAGGAAUAAAUCUGCAACCAAAUUAUCAUCUAGCUAUAAAUGUCAUAAAGUUCUCAUCUUGGUAAAAUUACAUAAAAUGCAUCAAACGAGCCCUGUAUUUUUGGCUAGUAAGCCUUAUUUUUGAGUGGUCUCUAAAGGGUUAAGAAUUUAUGAUCAUUGCUGAAAACAUAUUGCAUAUGUGUAUUAUUUUUAAUUUUGUGGGAUAAUAAAGCUUUCAAAGUUUGCUGUUUUUAUGUAAACGAAUUAAAGGAAAAUCUCUGUAAUCCAAGUAAGUAGGCUCUAGGAAAUAUGUUUUCCUACUAAAUUUAUGUUUUGUAACCACUGUACAUAAAUAUAUUUUACUUUGUUAACAGCACUGUUAAAGUUGAGAGAAAGUUGUCCAAUUAUAAUUGUUUUGAUUUUAUGGAUGACUUGAUUUCCACUCUUCAUUUCUAAAUCACUCGAUUCAUGAUAGUAUUAAUACUUCUUCCAGCUCUUUUUAUUUGAUUUUAAUACCCAUUUUUUUAAUGUAUUUAAUACAUUGAGAGAAUUGGUUUUGCAUCCAUUAAGGCUCAGUUUGCUUUGCCACUAUUAUAUUUAAAUAAAGGUACUACACUUGCUACAGACAGUAACUCACUAAAACUAAGGCACCAAAGUUUUAUGUUGAUUCCCGAUAUUUGCAAAGUACAGAUCCGACCGAAAACAGACAUAAAAUGCAUCAAACGAGCCCUGUAUUUUUGGUUGGUAAGCCUAAUUUUUGAGUGGUCUCUAAAGGGUUAAGAAUUUAUGAUCAUUGCCGAAAACAUAAUGGUAGGUUAGAUCACUAUUUUUUAUUUGUGUACAGUAAACAUAUUUAAAACCAUUGUUAGGGAAGAAAACUACAUUAGUAGCAAAUAAUUAUAAUCAAAACAUUGUUUGAAUAUACCUGUCCAAAACUAAUCAUAUCAUCUCAAGUUUAUGUAUGAAAGCCAAAAUUUGGGGUAGUUAGAAGAUAACAAUUUGAAUUUUUUUGCUCAUUGAUCACAAAAAGGUGUCUUAGUCAAAGUGCUAAAUAUAUAGUUGAAAAAUGUACCUAGAUAUUGGAAAAAGACAAAUAAAUUUUUAUGACUUUAAUGUAUAAUUAAAAGUAUCGGUGCUGUCAUUGUAACAAUGAACAUUUAUUUUUUAUACAGUAUAUUACAAAACCUAUAAUUGUUAUUUAUUAUAGUAUUACUAUAGGCAGCUCUUAGAUUUUGUUUUAGCAUUAAUAAAUAUUUUUACAUUGUCAUAAUGUUUAUUCAGAAAUGUAAAUUUAUGAAAAAUAAAUUUUUUACUUCUGA